CUUCCUCAGAAAACUGCCCAUCUUCUUCUUCGAUCACUACACCACCCUCACUCUACACUCUUCCAAACUCUUUCUCAGACUUAGCCAUGGCGGUUUCAAAGUCUCCGUCAGCAGCAGCGAAGCAUCAUUCACCGACAAAAGCAGAGGCCAAGGCAAUCUCUUCACUGUUCACCACAAGGGGAACGAUGGUGUUUGCUUUUGGCGUCACAUUUGCUUUUGUUGCUUGUACGGCUUUCUUGGUGCUAAACCCAUCUUCCAAUUCCUCUCCUUGGAUAAAAAACUUCCUCAAGUCGUCGUCUUCCAGCUCCCGGUUUUCCUCUCUUUUCUCUUCAUUUGUUUCUAAUUUUUCCCAAACCGAUGGCAACCCACUUCCUUUCACUUACCCACCGGCCGCCCCUUUUUGGGUUUCUUGGGAAAGCAGUGGAUUUGGUGACAAAAAUGGGUCUUUGUCCGGUGAUGGAGAAAGUCGAGUGUCGGAGGAUGUUCUGGCAUUCAAUCAAACGGGUACUUUACUCUUCACUCCGACUGUUUCUUUCUCUCAAGAAUCUAAUGGCACAUCAAAAGGUUUAAUUAUUCAAAUUUCCAGUAGCCCAUCAAAGAAUGAGAGUUGGGAUGCUAAUGUAACAAGAGAUCCAGGUGGUUCUCAGUCUUUCUCGGAUAAUGCUGGUGAUUACCGAUUUGCUUUAAAAGGAGAUGGAAAGGAAUCAAAGGAUGUGUGGGAUUUGGAAAUGAAUGUGACAGGGGAAGGGGUUUUAGGUAAGGGGCGAGAGUCUAGCAAUGUGACACUGGAAUCAAAUGAAAUGGAUGGAUUUGGAAGUGUUGAUGACAUUUUUAGUAAGCAUAGAAAUGGAGAUCUUAAGGAUAUAGACUUAAUGAACCAUUGUAACAUAUUUGAUGGGAAGUGGGUGAGAGAUGAUUCUUGUCCAAUUUAUGCACCAGGGUCUUGUCCCCAUAUUGAUGAGCCUUUCAAUUGUUAUCUUAAUGGUAGACCUGACCGAGGCUAUGAGAAGUAUAGAUGGCAACCCAAAGAUUGCAAUAUACCAAGGUUGAAUGGUAGGCAUAUGCUGGAAUUGUUGAGAGGAAAGCGUGUAGUUUUUGUUGGUGAUUCUCUAAACAGAAAUAUGUGGGAGUCUCUUGUGUGCAUCCUUCAUAGCUCAGUGGGAGACAAAAGUAGAGUUUGUGAAGCCUCUGGCAGAAAUGAAUUUCGAACAGAUGGCUCUUAUUCUUUCAAGUUUGAAGAUUACAACUGUUCAGUGGAGUACUUUCGAUCACCAUUUCUAGUUCAAGAAGGUGACAUGUCUGGAAAAAAUGGAUUGAUGAAGGAAACUCUUCACCUUGAUAUGAUUGAGAAAUCAUCUGAUAAGUACAAAAGUGCUGAUAUUCUCAUCUUCAACACAGGGCACUGGUGGACUCAUGAGAAAACUUCAAAAGGGAAAGGUUACUAUCAAGAGGGUAGCAUAAUUUAUGAUCAAUUGAAUGUCAAAGUGGCAUUUCGGAAAGCUUUGACCACAUGGGCAAGAUGGAUAGAUGCUAAUAUAGAUCCUAUGAAGACCCUUGUUUUCUUCAGGGGAUAUUCUGCUUCCCACUUUAGGGGUGGAAGAUGGAAUUCUGGAGGUCAAUGCCACAGUGAGACUGAACCUUCAGAGAAUGAGAUAUACUCAAAAAAGUAUUCAUCAAAAAUGAGAAUUUUAGAAUCAGUAAUCAAUGGGAUGAAUACAUCCGUGCUUUAUCUGAAUAUUACCAGAAUGACUGGUUUCCGGAAGGAUGCUCACCCAUCAAUAUACAGGAAGCAGAAUUUAACUGAGGAAGAAAGAUUGGCACUGGGAUUCCAGGAUUGCAGCCACUGGUGUCUUCCUGGUGUUCCUGAUACAUGGAAUGAACUUAUAUAUGCUAAACUCCUUAUUGCACAUAACCAAAAACACCAAGAUCAGCUCUACCAAGAACAACUGCGAAGACCAUAGGUAAAAUAAAUGUUUUUUAUGCUUCUGUUGAUCAGCUGAAUGAUUAGUUUUUAGAUUGGUUCAUCUCAAAGAAUUCUCUGGUAAAUAGUUAUGAUCAUUACUGAGAAUAUUAAAAUGAUGGUAUUGGUAGUGCACUAUUGCUGAAAGGAAAGAGAGAAAAAGGGGCUGAAUGCAGUUGUCUGUAAACAUGGAGAAGGUGAUGGUGAUGGGAUUUUCUAUUUUGGUUCCGGGGAGUUGUACUUUCUGUCCUCAUGCACUCAAUUUAGCUGUGUUUCUAGUGGAAUGUAAAUCUAUCAUGAAUCCAUUGUUUGAAACGAUAUCAGGUUUUAUUAUCUGUUAAUAUGAAUCAAAGGCAAUUUUGAAUUUUGAUCUCAAAUUGAAAAACUUUUGUCCCUAGUUUUCUUGAUUCUUCAAAUGAAGCUUUUGCCUGAUUCUGUCUGUCUUGUCUCCAGAGCAUUGGAGAACAAUAAGCAAAGGGUUGAAUA